AUGAGACUGGAGGUGGAGCCCCCCAGCCAGAGGAAAGUGAAGCUGGGGUCUCUGAUGUUGGGUCAGAAAGUGAAGAAACAAGUAGUGCUGGUCAACCGGAGCCUGUUAGACAUUUCCUUCACUCUGAUGCUUAACACAAACACACCACUGGACCUAAGGGACCUGUCCUUCAGUCCAGCAGGAAAGCAGAGCCUGAAGGCCAGUGUUGGUUCAUGUAACGUUGAGAUCCAGUUCUCUCCUCAUCAGCACAUACCUCCCUUCUCUGCUGAGCUGCAGGCGGAGGUAGCAGGCCUGCUGCUCCCCCUGCUGACCAUCCAAGGCUGCUGCCAGGUAGUGGAGGUCCAGUUGGACCAGGACCACCUGGCCUUCGGAGCUGUUGUGCAGCGCUGCCAGGCCAAGAAGAGGAUUCACAUGAUGAACACUGGGGACAUUGGUGCCAAGUUCCAGUGGAAAACAGAGGCCUUUCCUCCAGAGUUGUCCAUCUCACCAGCUAAAGGCUACAUCUGUCCAGGCAUGGAGGUUCCUUUCUCAGUGACCUUUGCCCCAGUAGAAGUGAAUAAUGAUAUAAGACAUGAGAACCUGUGCUGCUGGGUGGAGGGGUCCUCCACACCCGUCAGAUUCACUGUAGCCGGCUCCUGCAUCGUAGCCUCCACCAGCAAAGAGGUGCUCCACUUUGUCUGCCUAGUGCGCGGCUCUCACACCCACACCCUGCCCGUGGCCAACCCCACAAACCAGCAGUGCAGCGUCAGACCUGUCAUAGAGGGCCAACAGUGGAGCGCUGCCCCCAUGCUGAUCCUUAGACCCCACCAAAGCAAGACCUACCAGAUCACCUACCGACCUCUGUCUAUGACUGCUGAUGGGAAGAAGCACCAAGGAUCUGUCUUCUUCUCCUUCCCUGAUGGGACGGGCCUGCUGUACUCCCUGCAAGGAACUGCUGAACCUCCCAAGGCAGAGCACUCCAUUGUACACGAGCUGCCAGCCAAGACUCACCACACAGAGGUGCUCCCUGUGCACAACUGGCACGCCAAGCAACAGAGGUUCCGUGUGCUGAUAGAGACCCUGAAACCUGACAAGCCAGAUGCUACAGUGUCCCUCAAGGGUCAAAAAGACAUUGUCGUCCCUGCUCUGGCCACUCGGGACUACCCGUUGUCUUUCUUUACAUACAAAGAGGGGCAGUACAACACCAAGGUGACGUUUCAUGAUGAGGUGUCCGGUGAGUACUUGUUCUAUCUCGUGACCUUUAAGGCCACACCUCCAGGAGUCCUGUCCACCAUGGAGCUGGUGACCACUGUGCGUCAGACGGCCUCAGCCACUGUGCAGGUGGAGAAUCCUCUGACCACAGUCACCUGCCUCACUACGGAGUGUAAAUGCCCUGACAUCAGUGCCCCGGCUCAGCACACUGUGCCAGGACAGUCCAAGGGCUCUGUGAGCUUUGAGUAUCUGCCCCUGCGUGUAGGCGAGUCUACAGCGCGCCUCACUCUCCACAGCAGCGAUCUGGGUUCCUUCCACUACGACCUGCUGCUCAGAGCUCUGCCUCCACCUCCAGAGAAAACCGUCCACUUCAGCACCUGUCUGGGCAGCAGCCAGGCCGUUCUUGUGAAGUUCAUUAACUACUCACGCUUCAAACCCGAGUACUCAUGCAAGGCCGAUUGCCCGGACUUCACAGUGGACAAGGUGAGACCCCAGGUGGGGUCCGAGUCAGGCGUGGAGGUUUGUUUUGAACCUCAUCAGCUGGGGCAAGUGACCGGCCAGCUCACCCUGUCCUCAGGAAUCGGGGGGGAAUACAUCUUUCCGCUGCACGGGAUCAGUCUCCCUCCCAAAGCCCAGGGUCCCUUCAGCAUCAGGGCCGGUCGCAGCGUUACCAUCCCCUUCAAGAAUGUGUUCCUGCACACCAGCGAUUUCUCUUUUCAGGUGGACAACCCCUGUUUUACUGUCAAAGACAUAGACACCGUCCCCUCCAAAAAGACCCAAAACAUCGUGGUGUCUUUUCAGUCCCCUGCAGCAGGCUUUCCGGGACCAUGGUUCGGCAAUCUGACCGUCUCCAGCCAGCGCUCUGAGGCCCACAGGAAACCUUGUUCUUGGAUCUUUUACCUGAAAGGCUACCGGCCUGAGUCCUCUUAGAGAGAUAUGAUUGAGAUAGAGAUUAUUUUCUUUUCACUAUAUCUGUAAAGCGUCUUUGAGCACCUGUAAAAGCGCUAACAAAAUACAUCUAUUAUUAUUAUUAUUAUUAUAUGUGUACACACACACUUACUGUACACAUAUGUAUUUGGCUUUGCGGACACAAUUUGAUGCCAAAGCAAAGGCACAGGAAACAUUUUAGGCAUUAGCUGUUACUUGGUUUUGAUGAUGCUUCAGUUAAAUGUUUUUACAAGUUAUUUAUACGUUGCCCUAACAUUAAUGUCAAUGUUAAAAAAAAAUGGCUGUGUAUGUUAAUGUCAUUAUUAUAUUUGCUCAUUAUCUAAAUACAACUUGCAGUAAAAAAAUACGUCCACACGAGGACAGUCAUGUCAAGUAAGUUUUCACAUAUGAGCGCUUCAGUGAUUGGGGAAGAUAUGUAAUUUUCUUUUGUUCCUUUUUGUCAUCUUUACAUCCUGCAUGUUAAAGUGUCAAUCUUUCACCUUCAGUUAUAUUCUCCAUAGCACUCUGUUUGCUGUUAAGACACACAGUGCAUUGCAGGCAAGACCAGCUACUCAUCUGAAAGGGCAGAGCUAGAGGAGACGCUCAUUACCAAAGGUUAGAUUUGUCACAUCACACACAAACACGCACACAUUUAAACCUCUAACGAGGAGCUUUACUGACAGUUCCAGAGACACACCUCUUACACCAAAAGGAAAAUCCUCUGAUCCUCCCAUCAGGACAAAGUGAGCCACACUUCCUGCUGUGACUAUUAAAAGGAAGAGGGGAAAUACAGCAUCUGCUUUGUUCAUAUUUGGGGGGAAAAGCACAACGUUUUUUUCAUAUCCUUCUGCCUUUUUUCGGAGACUAGACUCUAUUCCAGAUGUUGAUGUUACUAUUCAUGACACACAGUUUUGAAAUUGGAAAAUCCACUAUCAAAUCGUAUUUUCUUUAUUUUUUAAAAGAAUAACUAAUGUUAUUCCCAGAGGGAAUAACAUUAGUGUUUCUAUUGGCUAGAGCUCCAACCCAUUGUACGUGAUAAGCUAAGGAGCAGGACAUCUC